CGAUAACGUAAAAACAAAUUGAUGACAGUUAAUUUAUUAAAUCUGUUAAUUGUUAGGCCUCGUUCUUUAUUUCAUUGGCUUUGAAUGUUUUACUUGCCUGCUUUUUGGAAAGAUAACCUGUUAUCGACACUGCUUUUAUUUCGUUUUUUCUGGUAUUUAUUUUAAUUUAUUUCAUCUCAUGACCAUAAUAUAGCUUCCCUAAUUUGUUUCCUAGCUAUUCAGCCUGCAUAGAAUGGAUGGUUUUGAGUGUUUUGAUGAUAGUGACGUUCAAGAAGAAGAUUUUAAAGGAUUUUUUUAUGGCUGCUAUAUUCUACUGUCACUCAAUCCAAAGUUCCGUGGUAAAACUUACAUCGGUUUUACGGUUAAUCCUAAGAGACGGAUAGGACAGCAUAAUGCUGGUUGCUUUAAAGGUGGGGCGAAGUCCACUACUGGCAAAGGACCAUGGGAAAUGGUUUUGAUUGUUUAUGGUUUCCCAAAUGCAAUAUCUGCAUUAAGAUUUGAAUGGGCAUGGCAAAAUCCCAACUUAUCACGUCGACUCAAAGAUUCUCUUCCAGUUAAAAAACCAAGAGAAACUAGUUUUGACUACCGUUUGCGCGUUUUAGCAUUGAUGUUAUGUACAGGACCGUGGAACCGUCUGGGCCUAACUAUUCACUGGAUUAAACAGUCAUAUGCACGUACUUUAUCAGAAAAUAUAGUGCCUCCUCUACAUAUGCCAAUAGCAUUUGGACCCAUUGAACCUAACUGUCCAGAAAAUUCUAGUCCUGAGAUUGUAUCGUUCGGUUCUUGUCAAGUGUGUAACAUUCCGUUUUCAGUUGAUUCUUCAGUACCACUUACUUGUCCAAAUUCUUGUCCUCUUGGUCGGUGGCACUUAUUAUGUUUAGCAAACUAUAUGACUCAGACUGAUACUGUGUCUGAUCAUUCGAAAAUAUCAUACUUGAUACCUUUGUCUACUCCGUGUCCUGCAUGCUUUAAUGCUGAACUUCUAUGGCCAUCGCUUAUAAAAUCGUGGAAAAUGAAAACUGCCGCUUCUAAAGAUUCAUGUUCAUCUACCAGUUUGUAAACUGCCCAUUAAUAGCUUUGGUUAUGUAAAUAAUCAUCAAUGUAAUUUAUAGUUUAUUUUGAAUAAUUUUUCUUAACAAACAUUCUGGAUUCACUAAUAUUUUGAUAGCAGAUGUAAUUUCGUUGUUAAUUUUGGUAGAUUUCAGCUCGGUUAUGAAGUACAAUUGGAUUACGGACUUGUUUUACCACCUCAUUCACCUCGUUAAUAUAUUCGAAGUUUUCAUUUGUUAUGAAAAAUCUGUUAAUUUUUAACACAUGGAAACGACUAAUAAUCGAUAAUCUUCAGUGUAAAGUAAUGAAAUAGAGAUUUAUUCAUGGAACGGAAAUUGAAACUUCAACCAAAUGAUUAUUCAGAAACAAAACAAUUGACCAACUAGCAUGGUAUAUAUUUCAGAAAA